AUAAAAAGCAAGCAGCAACAACUCUGUAGCUUGUUCCAUACAUACAAUGAAAAAUAUUCUAUUCAAAGUCUUUCUGAUUUUUUCCUUUAAAUUUCUCUCUUUCAGGGAGUAAGUGGGACACAUUCUCUUUCCCUGGAUUGUCCCCACAAGUGCAAUGUGCAAACUUCUAAGGCCUUCAGUGCUGAUUGGGCUGAUAGCAUUGAUACUUUCAGCAGGACAUUGCAAAGAAAAACCAGAAACUGGCGUGGGGCUGAAGGAAAGACAAAACCUCUUAAAUCUGAUAAUGGAGAUCAUCCAAGAACUGAAAAAAUACCACCUAGAAGAGGAUGAAGAAAAUGGAGUGCAGUACAAGCAAGACUAUCCACCGCUUGAUCAAAGGGAAAUGCCGGACUAUGGAACUUACACAGAGGAGGAGCAGAAAGUUGAAAUAUUUCCUAGAGACCUAAGAAUGAAAGACAAAUUUUUAAACCAUUUAACAGGUCACCUUUACUUUGGCCCCAAAUGCACUAAACACUUUCAUAGACUUUAUCACCAUACAAGAGAUUGUACCAUACCUGCAUAUUAUAAAAGAUGUGCCAGGCUCCUUACUCGGUUGGCAGUAAGUCCAAUGUGCACAGAAGGAUAAGGUAAGAUUAUUGAGAGCAACACUUGCAUGCUGCCGCUGUGAGUAAUUCAUAAACAUUGGCAGAAUAUCUUUUGGACUGAAAUAUGCUUGUUUCCAAAAGCAUUUGGUAAAAUAUUUACCAUUAGAAAAACAUACCCCCCACUAGAAAGCAAUACAGUACAGACUCUCAGGAAACAACUGUGAAUUAUUCAUAGUAGUGUGCAGUUAGUAGUGUAUUGGGCAUAGCUAAUUUUUCAGGAAUUAAAUCAACUGCUAUUCCUUUCUAUUUAUACUGGAUACCUUUUUGUUGAUAUAAGAAGACAUUUUUAAUAUUAUAUAUGUGUACACCAUUCAUGAUAUAAUUCAAUAUGUAAAUGUUGUUUUUGUUAUACAUAGAAUGAAAGAGCAUUAAAAUCUAUUUGCUUAUUCAGUAGCAAUUUGUAUUUGAAUUACUAUACUUGCUUAGCAAUACAGCAAUAUUGCACAGCAAUACCAGGAACUAUUGAUGCCCCCAAGGGAAUGACUGGAUUAUUUUCUCUCUAAAUCAAUAAUUUGAUAUAAAAGAAAUUUAAUACAAUUCCUUCUAUUUACAAUGUUCAAGUUGCCUAUGCUGUGCUUCAGAAUACCAAUCAGGAUAACCCUUGUGCAAAAGAAUGUUAUUAAUAAGUUUGGAAAGAAGAAACUGUGCAGCAGAGAUGCAAAUUGGCAAAUUGAACCUGGGAAUGUUCUACUCUACUUUUAACAUGGAUUAACAAAUUCAGAUUUUUAUACUAUGGAAAGUUUCUCUCACUUGUCUCAAUUCCCACAUUCCAAUAGGAACUGGAAAUAAUCUGAAUUAUUAUUUAACAGGAUUUAUGGAAAAUUAACGUGAAUUAUAGGAAAAGUAGUGUUUAAUCUUUUGUGUUUUUGUUUUACUUUAGAUGCUACUACUAUCAAAGGAAAAAUAUAUAAAAGAACCAAGAGAAGUGCCUUGGAAACUGACAGGGAAAUUGAACUUAGCAUUUUUGUAACAUAUGGCAUUAUGAAUCAGAGAUUUAUUUUUGGAAAUUGAUGGACUACUUCUCAUAAAACUUUAAAAAUGUGUUUUGUAUCCCAUCAUCACUGUUUACAGAUGCAUUCUUUUUAGUGAAAAACUACCCAAAGGCUAAUUAAUUGUUCAUGUUUUAUGCUUUAAAGUUGCUCUACAACAGUUGUGUUGUACUGCCAAAAAAGUAACAAGUACCAUCUUUUCAAGUAUAGACAUGUUUCCCGUUAAGAGACAUUACACCACACGGUCAAGGAAAGCUGCCUAUGGAAGAAGCAUUAUUCAACAUCUUUCUCGCUUAUGCAACUGAAAAUGUUACGUUACAAACUUUUCCAUAAAG